AUGGCGCCUGUCACCAACGGUCAAUUCUCCUUCAAUGUCGACACAUUCUAUGUUGCCACGUCGGGAGGACAGAUCCACCGCCGUGCCGCACCAGCUGAGAUAAAAAGCCCUUUACGAUACCUCGACUACAGACAAGAGUACACCAGACCACCCAGGCCAUUGCCUACAGAUCGAAAAGAUCUGAAGAAGGAAUGGAAGAAGCAAGAUUCGGAAGAACAACCUCAGGCCAAUACCAAGACCACAACGACGAAGACUGUCACCACCAAGACUGUCACAGUUUCUAAGACUGUUGCGUCCAAAACCACAGAGAGCAAGACCACUGCAUCCAAAACCGCGGCCAAACCUGCUGCUCCAUCCAAGAAAGAUACCGCGCCCAAUACCGUCGCCUCCAAAGCCACUGCUGCUAAAACUGCAGCGGCCAAGCCUGCGGCCAAACCUACCACGACCAAGGCUGCUCCUAAAGCCGCGGCCAAACCUGCUACGGUUAAGGCGGCUGCUAAAACUGCUGCUGCCAAGCCUGCUACACAUAAGGCAGCUCCCAAGAAGGCCACGGCACCCAAGACCGCUACCGCCAAAGCCACGCCAGCCAAGAGUGCUACGCCUCAAACUGCCCCAGCCAAGAGAAAGAGGGCCUCGAAUGACGAGGAAACACCCAAUCAAGUACAGACCGCCAAACGCCGCGUGUAUGGCAAAAAGGCACAAGGUAACACGGAUGUGCCCACAAAUAGCCACUCCGAGCCGAGCGGAUGGUCUGAGCAGCCUGAGUAUCAGGACGCGCCUCCAUCGUACGAAUUUGCCUGCAGAAUGGACGGAGAACAUCCUUACGAUGCUUUAGACGACCAAAUGGACAUUGACUAUGAGAUCGAGUCUGAAGCAUACUCAGACCCACCAUCUCCACCCCGAACCCUGAAAAAUACCCUGGGUCUACUCAAUGGGACGUACCAAGUUCGUUCCUCGCAUAUCGAACACAGCUGGCCGCACGCUAUGCCGCCUGAAGGGAUCGCGCUGUCUCUCCGCCUUAACGGAAACGAGAUUUGGGGGGCAUAUGAGUUCGGGGCGUUUGAGGGUGUACUGUGGAUGCCGGAACGACCUAUGAGGGCCUCCUUUGACAGAGUUCCGUUUAAGUGGCGUGGACGGGAGACCGGUGAGGGUGAAAUGAGCUUUGAAGAUGACCAGGAAGGUUGGAUUGAGUUUUUGGGCGAUGGUGAUAUUGUUGGAAUGAUCAACUGCUGUGGAGAGCUCCAUUUCCGAGGGCAACGGAUCGACAGUUUUGUCCGGACAGCCAGUGAUCUGCGUGACGAAUGGGAGGGAUACAAUGAAGAGCAAUAUGAACAAGAGAGGAGGGGCCGGUGGGAUGGUGUAUUUGAUACCUACAAUGAAGAGGAAUAUGGACGAGGACGAGAGAGCAGGGCCCGGUUGGAGCAGGUGGUGAAUAGUGAAUGCUAG